CCGUCAUGUUGGACCUGCGUGAUGUCACAAGGAAGCGACCCAUUACUGCACACUGCACAGAUGUAACGUUAGCCAAACUCAUGGAUACAAAGCUUAUAGCGACAACUAGCGUAUUUCAGCGAAGUCAUGGAAAUAUGCCUGUGGUGCACUAUUGAGCGAGAGAAUGUGGUGGAAUUUCUCGAGCAGUAUGCCGCCUCCUCCCUCAGCCAGGACCAAUUCCAGACGGCCACAGAAGACUUGAAUAAUUGUGCUGACUGUGUGUCAGAGUACCACCUUGCUCGCUCUGAGGUGCCACAUCUGCACAAGCGCCUCUGGGUGCUGGAAACGACACGCCUGCUAAGCCGUUUCUCUCAGAUGUCCGAAGAUGAACUUGAGGAUGAUCUCUUUAUUGUGGAGGAUAAUCAGGAGAGGCCAGUAUCAAAGAUGACUAUGGGGGAGUUUGAAGCAGCUCUGCGAACACCUCUCAUAGAGAUUCUGCAGUAUCCGUACCUGUUGGCGCAUUCCAAAUUGAGUGACCUGUGUCUUGAUGCACUGUGUAGAAUUGAGUCCAUUGACAUAAAGGAGAAAUAUAAGGGCAUCUACCUGUUGUUGGUGCACCCCAAUGAGAAGGUCAGAAGCUGGGCAAUCGCAACGGCGCGGAUGUUGGGGUGUGUAGACCGUGAUGAUUUCUAUGACGUGGAGGAGGUUCUGGCCUGCAUGUUCUGUGUGCUUGAGCUGGGCAUCUCUUUUUCUCUGGAGGACUCUGACCCACCCUCAGCCUGUAAUGGCAAGCUUGCCCGCAUGCCAACGCACCUCUAUGACUCUAGCAAUGUGAAAAACUACUGGCUAGGUAUUUGCAUGUUGUUAACGGUUUUGGAUGCCCAGGCAAUGAACUCGCUGUUUUUAGGACCUAACAAACAGACCAACAUCCUGCAGUGCAUCCUCAAUGCUAUGGAGGAAGAUGGGAGAGAAUUUGACUCCACUUCUGACCCAUUCUGGCCAGCUCUUCAGUGUUUCAUGGUGAUUCUGGACCGCCUAGGCCCCCUCAGCUGGGGUUACAUCGACCCCAUCAAAGCCUUCAACACAAUUACUGACAGCUGCAGCUAUAUAUCAGAGAUUGAAACAAUCAGAUCAAACACCCGUACGAAUGUGAAGGAAGAGAUUGAAGAUGAGCACCUAGUCACUUGUAGUCAGAUGGUGUAUGCAACGUUCCUUCAACAAAAAUCAAGUAAGUCCAACAGGAGUCAUCGAGCAGAAGGGCCUGACCAGCAGGUGUAUAAAGAGAUGGCAUCCCUUGUCAGUUUACUCCAUACAGAACUGGGGAAGGAGAUGCACUUGUACAACAGCACCUUCCUUUGGUUUAUUCCUUUUGUGCGCUCCGUCAUGAACAUGGCUGAACUUAGCAUCCAUUACAUACAGCCAGUGGUACAAUACUUGCGUGACCAAGUCAGAAAAAUGGUUACCAAGUCCGCCAUAUGGGACAAAGUCACAGUGUUUUUUGCCUACCUCCUGGUCCAUGUUGUGGAAAUGCUUCUAACUGAGGGACGAAUGGAUAUUUUGCAACACUGCUCGUACAUGUGGAUAAAGAUUAUUGUCAAGGGGGCCAUGAUUGACAACUUGGGUACAGGGGUAUUUGAGCUGUCUGUAUCCUCAUCCUCCUCCAUGUGGGGCUCUGGUCGAUCCGCUGGGGGUGCGUUGACUAGUCUUAGCAGCACCCUCCACCUGGCAUGCUUGAAAGUUAUUCGUCUGGUUCUAAAGGAGGGAGGCCGUCUGGGCUCUGAUGUACACCCUCGUGCGUUACAUUUCCUGAACCUGUUGAACAAACAUCUACGUGAUGCCACUCCCAGAGGGUUGAGUUUGUCAUUAUCUGAACAGAAUGAACUCCAACAUUGCCUUAAGCAUCUAGCAGAAACGUUUGCAAAGAAAGUCCAAAUGUCUGCCUCCACAGCACCCUCUGUGUCUGCUUUACCCACUCCCCCAGCAGAAACUGCAGCAAUGGAGUCCCCUUUUGUUGGACAAGCCCAUCUGAAUUUCAUCAAAGAGGAGCCUAUGUCGUGUAGUUCCCCUGUUAGGGACAUGGACUGUACUUCUAAUGUCACAUCUGUCAAAGAGGAGCUAGGUGUGGAAAUUCAUCAUCUGAAGCCUGAUCUUGGGAAACUGCAGGCUAUUCGUUCUCGUCUCCACGAUAACCUGCCCAAGAUGCAGGCCAUCAUGCAGAACAAACCAGCUGGAGACGAUCAUGUCAAUCCACCUAGUCUGAUUUCCGAAGGGAAAAGACCACCAGGUAGUCCUCGUCCUUCGACCUCUAACUGUGCAUCACACUUACCAGAUGAGGAGGAAGAUGAUGAGCCACUGCUUGUUAUGCAGCAGCGUCUAAUACAAGGGGAAAAUGACGAGAGUGAAGAGGAAUCAAAUGCAAGCAUUAUAGUAAUUUCCGAUGAAGACAUGGCCUCUGUAAGUUGUGUAGAGAGUGGUGAUGACAUGGGACCCCUGUUUCAGAUUAAAAAGGAACAGGAGCAUUUGGUAGAGAGCCCUGGCCGUGACUUUGAUGGCGCUCUCAGCGAAUCGCAAGUGUUCGAGUUUGAGACUCAGGAGAAUGUUGCGACUGCUUGGAGCGACACACAUUUUGAUUUGGCAGGUUCAUCAAAAGGCCCCAUCAGUGCUGGCUUUGAAACUGAGUUUGUCAAACCGAAAUCUCCCCCCAAAAAAGUUUCUUCAAAGAAACCGAAACCACCACCACCACCUAUCAUUGAGGCACAACCUUUGAGGAAGAAACGGACUUCAGCUGCUCGUCAAGUAGCCCAGGCAACAAAUGUUGAAGCUACAGUUGACACACCAAGCACAUCCCAUGGUAACACCUCUACCCCGGUCAUCGUUCCUCCUAAGAAAGUUCGAAAGCUUCCAGAACCCACGUCAACUGUGGAGCGCCUGGGAUUGAAGAAGCGUAAAAGGAUGGCAUUUGACCUAUCUCAGCGGUCCCGGGACUCUGUGGAAGAACUGCGCCGUCAUGGCCAGACGGUGCAGGUGGAAAAGAAAGUAAAACGACAUCGUAUCCCCAAACCUACCCCAACCCACAAGACCAUGGGGAAGAAUCAAAAGCUGCUGGCCUCCCAGGAGAUGCAGUUCCACAGACUGAGUCGUAAUCAGCUACAGAAAGUGCCUUCUCAGAAGCAGACCACUCCCUUGUCUCCAACUAGGCAAGCCCAGACAGCCAGAUCAUGUAUGAGUGAGGGAAAGAAGCAAGAGAGAAACGGUAAUGAUUCAAACUUGCAGAGCUGUGACUUGGAUCAAAGAUCUAAUGGAAGUGGUGAUGGUACCCCCACUGCUAGCGUUGCUGAGAUUGACAAUGGCGAUGUUGAGGAACGGAAAGAUGUUUUUGUUGGCCAUGACUGGAAUCUUACUCUAUGCGAUCCCACAGACAUGGAGCUCUGCUCCCAAAUGGAGCAGUUUGAUGAUGAGAAUGAUCAUAAUAAUGAUUACUAUGAUGACGUCUUCCUCACACAGAGGGAUCCUGUUGAUAUGGACAUUGAUGAUGAGGAGGAGGAGCCUUCAUUGCCUUCAGUGCCUUCAUUACCUGUGGAUCAACCUAAAGAGAAUAUAUCUCCCUCUAUGCUUCCUUCAUUACCCCAACCUUCGACAGGACCUCUACCAUGCACCAUGCACCAAAGUGAUGACCCUUUGAAGCCUGACAUACCUUCGAUGACCCAGAAGAAGGCUAGGCCUUCUACCACAAAGAUAUACACCCCUAGUUCCCGCAAUGAUACUCUGGUCCAAGAUAUGAAACUCCCACCUCCCAAACCAAAGAUUUCCCACCAAGCACUUAUGCCUCCGCCUCCUGUACCACCAGCUAAACCACGCCCAUCCGCUCCAUCUAUAGUCAGACCACCUCCCAUACUCAAAGCCCCACCUCCCCCCUUGCGACCUGUUGAGCCAAGCUACAAACCUGCUCCGCAGCCGACCCCCACGUACAAGACAUACCCCCGUGCUGAAGCAUCCACCUCAUCAAGCAGACAACCUUUAUUCUCGCACACCUUAAGGGCAUCCAUCCUUAAGGCAAACAUUCUGAAGUGGAAGUACAGCUUUUUCAAGGAGUAUAAGCAGUUUGGCCCCCCAGAGGCUCUCUGUGAUCUGCCUCUAAAGCCUGUGCCACAGACCUUUCCGUCAUUUAUGGACUAUUACGAGACCUUUCUCCCUCUGCUGGUUACCAACACAUUUGAAGAGCUGGUCAGUGAUUGGCUGAGGGAGGACCGGGUCAAACUGAAGCUUAUGGUUCAGUCUGUUGAUUACGGCUCUUUGGAUACUGGCCUCUUCACCGUCACCAAUGCUAAUUUUACUGCAAAUCUGACACCACAGCAGGAGUCUCAACAGUUCUACCCAAAAGAGGACGACGUUGUGAUCCUGUGGCUUCCACAAAACUCUCCUUCAUAUACUCACUCGCCCUUCAGCGAUGAACACAAACCAGAUGAUUGUCAGCCACACUUUGGUGUCGUCUCCCGCAGUAAUGUUAUUAUUGCAGGUUCAAGGCGAGACCUGAAACUGAAGGUACAGACACUUGGCAACGUAUUGUCCGUUGACAAGCAGCAGGUACAGUGUGAGGUGAUUGGCAGUAUGCUGAGUGCCAUGCGGGAGCUCAAUGCUCUGUGCCACAUUCAUGACAAGUCCUUAAUUUCCACAAUCCUGGCACCAGAUAAGCACUUUGCACAUUUCCUGCCUGCCUCCCAGCUUGACCCUAAGUUUGAGGGAUGUAAUGUAGACCAGGCAAAGGCCAUAGAUUGUGGUGUUUCCAUGGUGAUGAGCAGACAGCCAACCCCCAAAAUAUGUAUGAUCCAUGGCCCCCCUGGAACUGGCAAGAGUGACACAAUAGUAAACCUGCUGUAUCAACUAUCACAGCGUGGUGCAGCGGACCCCUCCGGGCAACAGCGUUUGCACGCACUGGUCUGUGCUCCCUCCAAUGCCGCCGUUGACAAUGUGAUGAAGAAAAUCAUUGUGUUCUUCAAAGGACAGAACAAAGAUGGAAAACACAAAGGCAACUGUGGAGAUGUUAACCUAGUGAGACUGGGCAGUGAAAGGACCAUUUGUGAGGAGGUUGUGGCGUUCAGUUUGGACAGUCAAACCAGGAGUCGAACAGUAAAAGCACAGGUACAUGUGAAGAGUAUUGAGCAGAAGAUUGCAGACUUGGAGCAGAACAUGGAAAACCUGAACCAUAUGUGUGCCAUGGCCCAAGACCCAGCAAAGCUUGCUCAAUUGCGGGACAAGAACUCAAAGCUGAAUGAGGAGAGGGAGAAACUGAGUCACCAAAUGAAACAGUGCAAAAGUGGGAGGCAAAACACGCAGCGGCUCAUACUGCAGGAGGCCAACAUCAUCUGCUGCACCCUGAGCACCAGCGGAAGCAUCGUGCUGGAGUUGGCCUUCCGCCGCCGAGGACGUGUACCGUUCAACUGUGUCAUCAUUGAUGAGGCAGGUCAGGCCAAGGAGACUGAGACUCUGAUUCCUCUGCUGUUUCGUUGCCCCUCGCUUGUCCUGGUGGGAGAUCCUAACCAGCUUCCACCAACAGUCAUAUCACAGAAAGUGAAGGAGCUAGGGUUUGAUCAGUCACUGAUGGCUCGACUGUACAAAUGUAUACACCGUCUGAGCCCCCCACGCAUCCACUUCCUGAGUCAGCAAUACAGGAUGCACCCAGACAUCUGCUCCUUCCCUUCCAGAUACAUCUACAACAACUUACUCAAGACCGAUAGAACGAUCGCUCAGAAUCGCUGCUCUAAAGAGUGGGCUUGUGAGUCCUACAGGGUGUUGGAUGUUGCUGAUGGACAGGAGAUGAGAGAGAGGGACUCAUAUUUCAACCCUAAGGAGGUGAAACUGACUGUAGAGUUAGUGCAGUUGGUCGUUGAGCGGUACCAGAACCGCACUUGUUCCCAGUCACUUCAAAAAGUCAUUGGGGUCAUCACGCCGUACAGUGGACAGAAGUUUCGGAUUCGCGAAGCCCUCCGAAAAAAAAACUUGACAAAGGUGGUGGUGGACACAGUCGAUGGCUUUCAGGGUAGGGAGAUGGACUGCAUCAUUGUGUCCUGUGUGCGAGCCAGCAACGAAAUGGGUUCCAUCGGUUUUCUAGGGAACCGCCACCGAAUGAAUGUCACAAUUACCAGAGCCAAAUACAGCCUUUUCGUUUUGGGACACCUGCGCACCCUGAGGGAACACAGCGACUGGAAGGCUUUAAUAGAGGAUGCUGAGAGCCGUGGGACCAUCAUAACAACAAAGGAGCAGCAUUUCAAAACCGAUGCCCGAAAAAUAUUUAAACGAGAUCCUCUUCCCCCUCAUAGGACACAAGAUUGGCCUUCAAAUCCCUCCAACAGGUCCCAGUUGUCACGAUCAAACACCACGCCCCCCUACUCAAACACCUCCAGGGUCAACUCGAAAUUCAGGGCUCCACAAUCCACAGAUCGGCCCCGUGACCCAAGGUCCAGUAAUACAUCUUCAGGAACGAUUCCCUCCAGGCCGGCAUCUUCCUCGACAGCCAGGGGACAGGAUCCCACAGAUCGGCCCCGUGACCCAAGGUCCAGUAAUACAUCUUCAGGAACGAUUCCCUCCAGGCCGGCAUCUUCCUCGACAGCCAGGGGACAGGAUCCCACAGAUCGGCCCCGUGACCCAAGGUCCAGUAAUACAUCUUCAGGAACGAUUCCCUCCAGGCCGGCAUCUUCCUCGACAGCCAGGGGAAAGGAUCCCACAGAUCGGCCGAGAGACCCUCGGCUGCAGGGCAGCUCCUUGAACACUGCCCCUUCGAGACAUCCGAAUCUCAGUGUUAGCAGGGACAGGCAUGACUCUUAUGAACAUGAGCGACGGCGACCCAGUCCGAACGAUUUGGUGUCGAGUUCCACGGUCGAAAGAAGCAGCUCCUCUCAUCGGACCCCCUCAGAUUACUCGAGGAGGGAGAGGCACUAGUAUCUUUUUUCCCCUUCUUUUUUAAAAACCUUAUCUCCACACUGGGACUUUGUGGAUAUAUACUUUGUAUAUACUAACUGUACAUACUUUGCCAGAAAUAACAUACUUUUAUUUUUAUCUACCUUUUAAUUGUGAAAGUGUGUUGACACUGUUUUGUUUGUCUUUUUCAUAUCUGUUAAAUGGCUGAAUAAGACUAUGCUCGCACUACCCAUACAAGAUGCAUUAAGUUGAUCUUUAUGUGAUCAGUCACAGUCUCCAUCCAAACAGAAAGGCCUUUCAACAGGGACAUGCACAACAGACACCUGAAGACCCUGUUUUUACUGGUGCUUUUGUGCUGUAGGAAAAUUGUAGGGAACCUGAAUUUGCACAUAGUACUUGGCGCUUCAAAUGGGCAAGCACGUUUUAUAGGCUUUAGUACAGCACGGCUUCAGCAGUGGGCCUCAGUUUGAGAUUCAUCGUGCCUUAGUUUCUUUGAAAGGAAGUUCUUUUUUUAAAGAAAGAAAAGUUUACAGGAAGGAAGAGUGGUUUUAUAAAUUGCGUUCAGUUUGUUUGUCAGUAUUCAUCUGUAUCUGACUGGACUGUGCUGGAGUCUUUGUAGAAUUAAAUCCAACUACUUGUAUUUUA